AUGGAUAGAAAUUAAGAAUCAUUAGACUAAAAUGACCAUUCAAUUAGUGAUGAACAAUAUGCCUCUAAUUAAGAUUAUGAAUUAUAGGAAUAAGUAUCCGAAUAUUCUAAUGAUGAUAAAAAUGAAGAUGAAGGUUGUUAGCGCAACUUUGAUGACUUUUUAGGUAAUAAUAAUUAAAACUAAUAGUAAUAAAUAAACCGUAUCUAAAAUAAGAGAUUUGAAGAAUAUUUUAGCAGUUACAAUUAAACUUCAUCAGAUUUAGAUGAAAAUAUCUAGAAGCAUAGUUUAAAAUGUUAAGAAAAGGAAAAUAUGAGUUAAGCAUAAGAAUAAUUAUUGAAAUUACAAUUAGAAGAAUUAAAUCAAAAUGAAAAUGAAAAUGACCAAUUAAUAGAAUUUGACGAGGAAGAAUAGCUGAAAGAGUUUAACUAAAAUUUCAUGAAUCUUUAUAAAUAAUCUCUUGAAAGCUACAAAUUAAAGCUUCAAAAAGAAAAAGUACAAAUCAAGGAAAUAUAAUUAAAAGAAACUUAAUAAAUAAUCUAAUAGCAGAAGGAAACACUUAUUUAACAAGAAAAAGAACUUAAUUUAAAAUUAUAAAAGAUCAAUGAUGUUAAGUAGCAGUAGAAGUAGAAAAUGCAAUGCACACCUUAAAUAGAAAUUGAUCAGUUAUUUAAGCUCAUGCAAAGAAAAGUUUGA